AUGUCUUCCACCGACUCCUAUGGUCGUCGGACCUGGGACGAGGCCGAGUAUGCGGAGCGGGCGCGACAAAAGCAGCAGCAGAACAGCCAGACUGCUGACCCUUCGGCGAAGAAGAACGUGCGCAAGUUUUUUGAGUCGCGCAGGGAGCAGUUAGAGAAGGUUGAGAAGUUCAACAGUGUCACGUUUGUGGGUUCUAUGAAUGCCAAGGAAGCCAGUUUCUUUUGCGAUGUUUGCAAUAGACGAUUUAAGGACGACCUCAAGUUUGUGGAACACCUCAAUUCCAAGGAGCAUUUGGUGAAUUCUGGAUUUUCGCACGAGUCAGAGCUUCAGCGCGAAGUGACGCUCGACCAGGUGAAGGAAAGACUCAAGCAAUUGAAGGCAAAGAUGGAAAGGACCCAGGAGAAUGCUUCUGAGGUUGAUUUUGCUACAGGAGUGCAACAAAUGAGAGAGAAGUACGAGAAGGAGAAGCAGAAGAAGAAAGCCAAGAAACGGAAACGACAGGAGCGACAGGACCCUGACGUAGACGAGGAGGACCUUGAAAUCAAGAAAUUGAUGGGGUUUGGCAGCUUCAAAAAGUAG